AUGAUUGGUAGGGUAGGGCAUAUAGAGAUGAUCAGUUGGUUGCUAUGGUGGUGUUUAUUGUUAUCAAGCGCAAUAGUCUUCUUGGCUGAUCAUGGAGGCAGCAGUGUUACGUACGAUUCAAGAUCUUUGCUCAUCAAUGGGAAACAUAAAAUCCUAUUCUCUGGUUCAAUUCACUAUCCUCGUAGCACUCCUCAGAUGUGGCCAUCUUUAAUAUCAAAGGCCAGAGCAGGAGGUUUAGAUGCCAUUGACACUUACGUAUUUUGGAAUCUUCAUGAACCCCAGCAAGGACAGUAUGAUUUCAGUGGAAGAAAGGAUUUGGUGAGGUUCAUUAAAGAAGUUCAAGAUCAAGGACUAUAUGUUUGCCUUAGGAUUGGACCCUUCAUCGAAAGUGAAUGGACUUAUGGAGGCUUACCAUUUUGGCUACAUGAUGUACCGGGAAUCGUUUUUCGUUCUGAUAAUAAGCCAUUCAAGUAUCAUAUGCUAAGGUAUGCAAAAAAGAUAGUGAAAAUGUUGAAAGCAGAGAAGUUAUACGCUUCACAAGGAGGGCCAAUUAUACUCUCACAGAUUGAAAAUGAAUAUAAAAAUGUAGAAGCAGCAUUCCGUGAAAAAGGGCCACCUUAUGUUAGGUGGGCAGCAAAAAUGGCCGUGGGGCUUCAUACUGGUGUUCCCUGGGUAAUGUGUAAGCAAGAUGACGCUCCUGACCCAGUGAUAAAUGCGUGCAACGGACUGCGAUGUGGAGAAACAUUUGCAGGACCAAAUUCACCAAAUAAGCCAGCUAUAUGGACAGAGAACUGGACAAGUGUCUAUCAAGCAUAUGGUAAAAAAACCAGAUUGAGAUCUGCUGAAGACAUAGCAUUUCAUGUUGCACUAUUCAUUGCAAAGGGAGGAAGCUUUGUGAAUUACUACAUGUAUCAUGGAGGAACCAAUUUCGGAAGAACAGCUGCUGAAUAUGUACCGACAAGUUAUUAUGAUCAAGCCCCUCUCGAUGAGUAUGGUUUGUUGAGGCAACCAAAGUAUGGUCAUCUGAAGGAAUUACAUGCUGCAGUAAAGCUAUGCAGGAAGCCUCUCCUUUCUGGAAAAUGGACAAAUUUCUCUCUGGGCCAUCUACAAGAAGCCUUUGUAUUCGAAAGACAUUCAGAGGAAUGCGCUGCAUUUCUUGUAAACAAUGACGGGAGAAGGAAUGCCAAGGUCAAUUUUAAAAAGAAGUCAUAUAAAUUGCCUCCAAAGUCAAUUAGCAUCCUACCGGACUGCAAAACUGCUGCCUUCAACACUGCACAGGUAAGCACACAAUAUGGUACAAGAUUGGCUAAAACAAGGCAAAAUUUUGAUUCAAUUGAACAAUGGAAAGAAUAUAAAGAAGAUAUUCCCAGUUUUGAUAAAACUUCAUUGAGAGCAAACAUGCUAUUGGAGCAGAUGAAUACAACCAAAGAUUCAUCUGAUUAUCUUUGGUACACUUUCAGGUUUCAACAGAAUUCCUCUAAUGCUCAUUCUCUACUUACGGUGAACUCCCUUGCACACAAUUUGCAUGCAUUUGUCAAUGGAGAAUUUAUAGGAUCUGCCCAUGGAAGUCAUGACAAUAAAAGUUUCACCCUGCAGAAGAGACUUCCUCUAAAACAUGGAACCAAUUAUGUUUCCUUGCUCAGUGUGAUGACUGGAUUGCCGGAUGGGGGAGCAUAUCUUGAAAGAAGAGUUGCUGGACUACGUAGCGUGACAAUGCAGUUCAAACAUGAACUCCAUGAUUUCACUACUUAUUUAUCAGGAUAUAAGGUUGGGUUGUUAGGUGAGAAUAUACAGCUUCAUAGAAACCAUGGAGGUGCUAAGGCUUACUGGAGUCGGUAUACAACCUCACGUCAGCCCCUCACAUGGUACAAGACAAUUUUCGAUGCACCUCUAGGAGAUGAUCCUGUUGCAUUGAACCUUAGUUCCAUGGGCAAGGGUGAAGCUUGGGUUAACGGCCAAAGCAUUGGCAGAUAUUGGGUCUCAUUUCUUGACCCAAAUGGGAAUCCCUAUCAGACAUGGUACCAUAUACCUCGAUCAUUCCUCAAACCUUCAGGGAACCUAUUAGUUCUACUGGAAGAAGAAAAAGGAAACCCUCUUGGAAUUUCCAUAGGCACCAUGUCGAUCACGAAAGUAUGUGGUCUUGUGUCCAAUUACCAUCUACCACCAGUGAGUUCAUGGCAAGGUAAAAACCAAAUUAAUGGGAACAGCAAAACGAAAUAUGGUAGGAGGCCUAAAGUUCAGCUUCGUUGUCCCCGCGGAAGGACCAUUUCCAGCGUUCUCUUCUCAAGCUUUGGAAAUCCUUCUGGUGAUUGUGAAACUUAUGCCAUUGGAAGUUGCCAUUCAUCUAAUUCUCGAGCCAUUGUAGAGAAGGCUUGUCUAGGUAAGGAAAUAUGUUCCAUUCCGGUGUCAAGCAAGAACUUCCAUGGUGAUCCAUGUCCAGGAAUUGCAAAAUCUUUGUUGGUUGAUGCUAAGUGCACAUAA